UAAAUUUAAAAAAAAUAAAAAUGAGAGAGAAUAAAUUCACCACUCAAUCACUGCAGCCUAAAGUGGCUCUUCUGUUUGAAUUUUAUUUCUUUUUGGUUUUUACUUAAACUUGGCACAACUAAUUGUAGAAGUAGCCAUAAUAGAGUAAUACCACCAAAAAACAAUAAUUUCUGGAGAAUUGAAGAGAAAGAGGGGAGUUUUGGUUCUGUUUUGUUCGUCAUAUGUGCACCAUUAACCCUUGUCUUUCAUUUCCAUCUUCUUCUUUGUUUUUAAUCCGACUACUGAGAGAAGCUCAACCCAGAUGCUCUUUCAAUGGGGAAAAAUGACCGAACUCUGCCCCAACGCCAGUCUCUUGACAAUUCUAAUUUGCCUUCGUCUGGGUUCUGCUGUGAGAGAUGUUCGGUAUUGUUUUCAGUGAUUUCACGGGAGUUUAGUCUCAAAUGCGUCGUUGUUUUACUUUUCAGUUUAUCUGUUUUUCUCUCCGGGAUCUUCUGGAUCCUUCCCUUUCACAAUUUAUUAUCUGGGUUUGAUGCGAAAGAUGCAAUUAAAUUCAGUGCAACAGUUCAGGCAUACUUCAGAUUGGAGAUACCAGUUUCAAAGCUUGUUCCACAUAUAGAAAGAUUAGAGUACGAUCUUUAUGAGGAAAUAGGUGUCCCAGAUGCAAAGGUGGCUAUCCUAUCUAUGCAUCAAUCAGGUGCUUCAAAUUGGACUGAUGUGGUAUUUGGUGUUCUUCCUGAUCCAAUAAAUGCUCCAAUAAAUCCUGUGUACCUAAGUGUGCUUAAAUCAUCUUUAAUUGAGUUGUUCCUUCAGCAAUCCAAUCUGACUUUGACAACGUCAAUUUUCGGGCAGCCUUCUAUGUUUCAGAUUUUGAAGUUUACGGGAGGGAUCACUGUAAUUCCUCUGCAAGCUACUUCCAUUUGGCAGAUGCCACAGAUUCUAUUUAAUUUUACUCUUAAUAAUUCCAUAUCUGACAUAGAGGCCAACUUUGUUGAGUUGAGGGAUCAGUUGAAGUCUGGAUUGCGUCUGAAUUAUCAUGAGAGUGUGUAUGUUCAAGUAACAAACACAGAGGGCUCCACAAUUGCUCCACCAGUCAUACUUCAGGCUUCAGUCUUGUCGGAUCUGGGGAGCCUUCUGCCUCAGAGAUUGAAGCAAUUGGCUCAAACAAUCACAGGCUCUCCAGCUAAGAAUCUUGGCCUUAAUAAUUCAGUAUUUGGUAAUGUUAGAAGUGUUGUCUUAUCUUCUUAUUUGAAUGGUACACUUGAUGGAACUUCUCCAACUCCUUCACCAGCCCCAUCCUCAGAACCAUCAAUUUCCCUAUCUCCUGCCCAUUCUCAUUAUUCUCGAGCACCCUCACCUAAAGUUAAUCACUAUCCCCCCUGUUUAAAUUGUGAAGUUUCUUUUCCACCUGAUUCUGGUGAUCUCUAUUCACCAAGCCCUGAAAGUGCCCCCUCUCCUGCACCUUCAGUUGCAGUUACUGACCCAUGUUAUCGUCCCAUUUUUCCUCCAAGCUCUUCACAAACAUUUAAUCCUAACCCUGCUCAUUCACCCCCAGUGCGUUCACCACAGUUGGCUCCUCGUCUGUCACCAUUGCCUGCAGUAUCUUAUGGUUCUAGUCCAGGCCAUGACUUGGGAAGUGCAACAGCCUCAGUCUCCCCAUCACUUGCACCAUCUCCAUCGUCUUCAGCGGUUGGUCGUUUCUUCAAGGAGAUCUGGUUAUUUGGAUUUUCUGGACUCCUUUUUUUUUAUAUCCUUUGUUUGUCAUACUGACAACACACACCUCAUUCUCCUAAUAACCCUAAACGGUUUUUCACCAUAAAGCACAAUGACAUUAGAACACCGAGUUUUAUUCUGGAGGGAAUGGCAGAAACUCUUGCGAAAAAGUUUCUCCAGUUUUUCAUUUUUCCCUGUUCAGCUUCUAGUAGUCAAUCAACAUAAGUGUAAAUGAAGUAGAACCAGGUCAAAGCCAAAAAGAUGGCAGGCCACUCAGCUCACUUAAGUGUUUGCCAUAUCAAACGUGAACAUGAGGUAUGUUCUUCCCAAAGGGAACAAAUUUCUUUGCAGAUUUUAGAAGAAUCUUCAUCUUGUGUAGUGAUUUAUGUGUCAUAAUAUGAAGGUUCUCCCUGUAUAUCUGCAAUUUUUGGUGGAAAGCAAAACAUGUCAUGCAGAAUGGAAUAUGAACUAGCAUCAUAAAUUGCUAACCAAAAGAUGGAUACUUGUACAUAUAAAUUCAGCAUCUGAAUUUUUUUCUUUCUUUGAGCUAUUUGAUGAAUAAAUUAGAUGUGGUCAUCUUUUUCUCA